AUGGUGAAGGCAACCGGCAUCUUCUGCGCCCUCCUCCUCCUCACCACGCUGUGCUGGCAGAGCCUGGCUCAGAGAGCUCCAGCCAUGCCGGACAAGUGCUGCUUCAACUUCCAGACGAGAAGGAUCAAGAGAGACAACGUCGUUGCCUGUUACCCCACCAGCCCUGAGUGCCCACACCAGGCUGUGAUUUUCAGAGUGAGGAACGGGAAGGAGAUCUGCACCCAGGCAAGCAGGGCGUGGGUGAAGAGGUACCAGCAGAGCUUCCAAGUCAGUUCCUUCUCCAUCCCCAGCUAGUGGGGUGGCCAGAGGCAGCAGGGACUCCUCUCCACGGGGGACACCGCCAAGGCAACCCCUCUGCAGAGGUGGCUGUGGGGACACAUUGGGACAGAGCAGCUCAUCGGGGACAUCCUCCCCACCAUGCUGGGAUGACCGUGCCUAUCUCUCUGAAGGCAA